UGCUGGGAAAACGGAAAUGUCCCCAAGAAGGAGUGUUUGUGCAUGCGUGUUUUGUGUUGCUAGGCGGUGAUAAACAUUAUUUCCCCACAAAUCAGCACUGCAAAUGCAUUGCAUGUGCGCCGAUCACAAGUCCCGGUCCGUAGAUCCCCGUGAAAGAGAAAAGUCGGACACAUUGUCAAAAGUCAAGCCCCAAUUGCACUUGGAGAGCCGGAAAACAAGGAGUGCCAUUAAAAUUUUGAAAUCACAACAUAAGAAAAGGCGGCAGAACUGGCUAGGAGUGUGUACUGGCUAUGGCCAACAAAUGGUAACGCAUACCCGCCGCUCCGAACUAGUUCCGGUUCUCAAAGCAACCCUGCGCGGCGAUGCUCGAACUGUCAACGCCACUUCCGCCUUCUUUCCGUGCGGUUCUUAA